GCAUUACUUGUCGCCAUAUAAUACCUACAUAUGUAGUAGUACCAAGUACCUAACUACAUAAUAAUACAUCAACGAUAUUAUUUACCACAAGUAAUCUCAACACAUCAUCAUACUCUUCAUGCUAGAGCCUCAAAUAUAGGUGUGAAUCAUGUUGGUGAAUGACCAUCUGAUGAGGCUCUCAUUACAAAACAAAACAAUUUGAUUUUGACCACGAGAAACUUUCAUUCAAUCCAUUCCAUUACAGUGCUGGCCACUCACUCAUAUACAUAUCUCAAUUCUUGAAGCCCAAGGGACAAAUCGCAUUUAGGUACCUACCUAAGGUUAUCUAAUACAUAGGAAAAGGAACAAGAAAAAGAAACAUCACAGACAAGGGGGGAAGAGAACAAGGAAAUAAACAACCAUGGCCUCUCAAGUAAAGAAGCUUGUCUCGCGGCCCUUCCCGCUGUUCGCCCUAGCGAGCAUCCUACGCGUCGUCAUGCUCGUGUACGGCCUAUGGCAGGACGCUAACUCGCCUCUCAAGUACACGGACAUCGACUAUCUCGUGUUCACUGAUGCCGCGCGCUUCACCUUCUCCUCCGCCUCCGCCUCGCCGUACACGCGCGAGACCUAUCGCUACACGCCCCUGCUCGCCUGGCUCCUGUACCCGACCACCUGGCCCGGCACCUUUUGGUUCUCCUUCGGCAAGGUCCUGUUUGCUGCCGCCGAUCUCCUGGCCGGCUACCUCAUCAUCCUCGUGCUGGAGGGCCCCCACGUGCGCAUGUCCACGGAGCGGGCGUGCAAGUAUGCGAGCAUAUGGCUGCUCAAUCCCAUGGUCGCAACGAUCAGCACGAGGGGUAGUUCGGAGGGACUGCUAGGCGUGCUGGUCAUGGGACUACUGUGGGCCGUGCUCGAGCGGAGGGUUACGCUCGCCGGCCUACUGUUGGGACUUGGUGUCCACUUCAAGAUCUAUCCCUUCAUCUACGCCCCCGCGAUCAUAUGGUGGAUGGAUGCGGAGCAGAUGAGCAGAACGGUGAGGGCCAAGAGCCAGCGGCGAAGGAGCAGUCAAGUCAUUCGGGAGCCCGCGCCACCCACGGGUGCUCUGGACCAGGUUGUGGCAUUCAUGACACCUGCUCGCAUCACCCUUGCCCUUGUCAGCCUAGCCACGUUCUUGGCCUUGAACCUCAUCAUGUACGCCCUUUACGGCAUGCCGUUCUUGACAAAUACCUUCUUCCACCAUGUCACCCGCAUCGACCAUCGUCACAACUUCAGCCCCUACAACAUUUUGCUGUAUCUUAGGUCGGCACAUCCGAGCUCCUCGUCCCUCAAGGUCGAAUCUGUAGCCUUUCUACCGCAGCUCUUAUUAUCGACGGUUCUUAUACCCUUUGUGGGUGCAAAGAAGGACCUACCAGCUACCAUGCUCGCACAGACGUUUGCUUUUGUGACCUUUAACAAAGUUUGCACAAGCCAGUACUUUCUCUGGUACAUGGUCUUCUUGCCUCUGUACCUACCUCACUCCUCACUCCUCCGCCGACCGGGUCUCGGUCUGUCGACCCUCGCACUCUGGGUUGCAACACAGGGACGGUGGCUGCAGCAAGCCUACAAUCUUGAAUUUCUCGGUCUAAGCACGUUCGUCUCGGGUCUGUGGACAUCAUCGCUAGCAUUCUUCUUGGUCAACUGUUGGAUCCUAGGGGUCAUCGUCGAGGACCUGGAUAGAGAGGCCUGGGUAUGAGAUGAAACGAGUUGCGUUUUGAGUUGGAUAACUAUAUAUAUGUGUGUGUGUAUGUGUGUAUGUGUGUGUGAGAGGGAGG